AUGGAUAAUGGCCAGAAAUUAAUUUCUGAGCAAGGUUUCUCUUCUAUUUUUGGGCAGGAGGAAAUCAAGAAAAAUUUGUUCAGAAAUGCCAUGAAUCUCAAUUGGAAUGAAGUGAUCGAAACAUACGCACAACAUCCAUGGGCUCACAAAGCCAAGAUCACCAGAUCAGGAGACACUGCGUUACAUAUAGCCAUAUCAUACGGCAAAGAAACCAUUGUCGAACAACUAAUGGAAAAGAUUUUGAAAAAAAAGGAAACUGCCUGUGAUGUUUUAAAAACUCGCAAUGAACUCGGAAAUACGCCUCUUCAUUUGGCCGCCUCCCUUGGGAAUGUAAAGAUGUGCAGAGUCAUUGCUCUUGACUACUCGACAUUAAUUGGGGAACGUAAUGAGGAUGGAGAGACUCCUUUCUUCCAGGCAGUUUUAAACGGCAAGAGGGAAGCUUUUCGUUGCUUACAUGACAUUUGUGGGACACACAAAGGCUACUCGUACUGUAAGAAGAAAAAUGGAGAGACAAUUCUGCAUUCCGCCAUUUCUGGAGAAUAUUUUUAUUUAGCACUUACUAUAAUUCAGUUCUACCCGGAUCUAAUUAACGCCGUCACCGAGGAUGGAGCAACACCACUUCAUCUUCUGGCAUGUAUCCCUUCUGCAUUCAGAAGUGGAAGUUAUAUUAGAGGGUUUCGCAGACUUAUUUACUGCUGUAUAUUUGUCCAUGAACCCGAGGACAUAGACCCAAUGCACGAUUUGUCACAAGGCUCGCAACAUGAUACCAAAGCAACAUAUCCAGAAAACUAUCAAACCUGCAUUGGAUUUGCUGGUUUAGUGAGCAAAAUAUUUCGAUUGCCAAAAAUUGGUCGUAGUAAAAAUGAGAACAAGGGGAUAACAGAUGAAGAAAAUCCGAAAGGAAAGCAACCUGAUUUACAAAGACAGCAAUCUAGUACUAAAUAUGGGAAUAAUGAAAAGUCACAUGUAAAUGAUCCCAGAGGACAGCAACCUGAUACUAAUCAUGGGCGUUCACACCUUCCUCCUAAUUAUGUCACGUGCUUUAAUCUCAUUAAACUCAUAUCCAAAUCAAUGUUGGUUAUUCUUGGCUUAGGGUCUCAUGACAUAGUAAAGCUACACGAAAAAAAAGAAAAGCACAUUUGGUCAGUCAAAAUCACGGAUGAACUUCUUAAACGAGCUUCUACCAAUGAGUACGAAAAUAGUGGAGAGAGUCCCCAACAUUUUAUGUCGCAUAAACGCGAUGUAGAAAUUCCUUUCUCAGUUCCUGAUGCAGGAGAUAUUUCCAAGCCGGGUGAUGAUCAGACACCCCAAACUAGCGAUGGAGUGGAUAGAAAAAAGGGCAACAAUGGAAAUGGUAACAAAAAAAAGAUGCAGGAAAUUGAAAAGGGGGAGACAGCACUACUUGUUGCUGCAAAGAAUGGUGUGGUCGAGAUGGUGGAAAAGAUUAUUAAACUUUUUCCGGUGGCUAUAAAUGACAUGAACACAAGCAAGAAGAACAUAGUAUUGUUGGCGGCGGAAAAUAGGCAGCCUCGUGUUUACAGGUUUUUACUCGAAAAGACUAUAAUGAAAGAAGACAUUUUUCGGAAGGUAGACAUCGAUGGGAAUAGUGCUUUGCAUCUUGCUGCGAAGCUGGGAGAUCAUCGGCCUUGGCUUAUACCUGGUUCUGCAUUGCAGAUGCAAUGGGAAACCAAGUGGUACAAGUUCGUCAAGGAAUCCAUGCCAUUGCACUUCUUUGUAAGUCAAAACAAGGAGAACAAGACCGCAAGGGAGUUAUUCACUGAAAGUCACAAUGUUCUCAUCAAGAGUGGCCGCGAAUGGCUCUCCAACACCUCCGAGUCAUGCUCAGUUGUCGCAGCCCUCAUAGCCACAGUCGCUUUUGCCACUUCUACCACCUUUCCAGGCGGCUUCAAGGAAGAAAGCAACAAACCCACCUUCGCAAACGAGCCUGCAUUUAACGCAUUUUCCAUAGCAUCCCUUGUUGCACUCUGUUUCUCUGUUACAUCGCUGGUCAUGUUCCUCGCCAUACUCACCUCCAGGUACCAAGAAAAAGACUUCACCAAGGACUUGCCAACAAAACUUUUGGUGGGAUUGACAACUCUAUUCGUGUCUAUUGCUUCUAUUUUGGUAUCUUUUUGCGCCGGCCACUUUUUUGUGCUUAAAGAUGAGCUGAAAUAUUCCGCAUUCCUGGUAUACGGCAUCACAUGCCUGCCGGUGACAUUUUUCGCGAAGGCACAAUUUCCAUUAUACUUUGAUCUUAUACGGGCUAUAGUUAGGAAUGUGCCAGAACGUAGUUAUGAAUAG